AUGACCAUCGCAGCUCCUCCAUCUAUCCUUCUCCACAGCGGCAUCUUGCUCCUCCACGACGAGAACGACGAUGUACAAGUCGUGCGAGACGGGGACAUCCUCAUCACCAACGGCAUCAUCGCCAAGAUCGGCCACGAUAUCAUAUCAGUUUCGGACGAAACCAUCGAGGUGAUCGAUUGCAGGGAGAAGAUCAUUUCUCCGGGGUUCGUCGAUGCGCAUCAUCAUGUGUGGCAGACGCAGUUGAAGGGAAGGCAUUCGGAUGAUAGUUUGUUGGAUUAUCAUCCGAAGGGGAACCUGCAGUACUUCAACUACACCGCGGAAGAUGUCUUUUGGGGAGAGCUGGGUGGGCUGUUGGAGGCGAUCGAUGGCGGCACUACCAUGGUUGUAGACCAUGCACACAUGUCUCUCAGCCCAGAUCGAACACUUGCCGGCUUCUCAGCCACACUCACAAGUGGAAUUCGAUCAAUCUUCUGCCCGAGUCUGGUCCCACAAAUCAAGCGUUGGGAUAAAGACGGCUACGAACUGAGCACAUCCAAGCCGGUGCCUGAGUUCUUCAUGCCACAAAUCAAGUCUCUCUACACAAUCUCAAUCUUCCAGGAAGCUCGAGGUGCUGGUUGCAAGUUCAUCACUUCUCACUGGCGGAGGAAUAACGUUGCGGGCAGCGGUGGACAUUCUGUUCCCGCGACAUUGAAGGAAUAUGGGCUGCUAAGACCGGACAUUCUUCUCUCACACGGGACUGGAUCGACUGAUGAGGAGUUCAAGUGGAUGAAAGAGUCCGGAUCAGUGGUUUGCAUGACCCCUGCGACGGAGUCCCAGAUGGCGCAUGGAGAGGUUGCUGGCUUCAGAGAGGAUGUGAUUGGGUGUUUUGGGGCCGAUUGCCAUUCUAACAACCACGCCUCGAUCCUGCACGCCAUGCAAGUCGGUCUUGCAGUAGCACGAUCGCAUCGUAACUCCCGAAUCAUGUCGCAAGGUCGCUUUCCAAGACUCAUACAGCCUACUACGCAGCAAGCUUUCAACUUGGGGACCAUAGCCGGUGCUCGAGCGCUUCGAAUGGACAAGCAGAUCGGGAGUCUCAAGGAAGGCAAGCAAGCCGACAUAGUCAUCUUCAGCACCGACAGCCCCAGCAUGACUUGCGUUGUGGAUCAUGAUCCCCUUGCUGCGGUGGUUCGUCAUGCGAGUAACGCUGAGAUAGAGCAUGUCUUGGUGGGUGGAAAGUUCUUGAAGAGAGAUGGUAGGCUUUGCGAUGUUCAGGUCGAAGCAGUCAAAGGAUGGGAGUCAGGGCUGGAGGAUAGCACACUGAGCUGGAAGACCGUGGCUGGGGAGUUGAGGAGAAGUCGCAGAGAUAUUCAGGCCAGAAUUGCUUCAUGUGAUGUGAAUGCUGCGAGGCGGAAAGUGAUGGAAAGCUGGGGGUUCACGGGAGGGGAUGAGGUCUUCAUGUGA